CGUAGGAAAUUCAUAAAGAAUAAUAUUAUUUUGAAAUUUAAGUUAAAAAUUCUUUACAUUAAAAUCUAAAGCAUUACACAAAGCGAUGACAAUAAUCUAGUCAGUAGCUGGAAUAAUAAAUACUUAAAAGUCAGGAACUAGCUAGAGAGAGAACAGGAUUAAAAACUUGCCGCAGAAUGCAUAAUGUUGAAGGUUUAAUAGCGCUACUGGAAACUACCGCGGUUGUGACCACUGUUUUGCAGUACUUAUCAGGAGCCAUUAUAUGUCAAAAGUACAUAAAAAAGAAAUCAACCGGUGAAUCUUCUGGAUUUCCAUUCAUAUGUGGCUUUUUAUCUUGUAGUUACUGGAUUCACUAUGGCAUGUUAAGUGAGGAACGAAGUGUAGUUUUAGUUAAUACCAUUGGUGUGACCUUAUUCUUGAUAUAUACUCUGAUUUAUUAUGUUUUUACCGUCAAUAAGAAUGCUUACGUUAAGCAGUUUCUGGUCGUGAUAACUGCUUUAUUUGGUAUUGUGUUUUAUAUUAAUGGAAUUGCCGAUAAAGGACAGGCUCAAAACUUUAUGGGAAUUGUUUGCUGUAUUGUCACCGUUUGCUUCUUUGCGGCACCUCUAACAAAUCUUUUGCAUGUAAUACGGGUUAAAAACUCAGAAAGUUUACCUUUCCCCUUAAUUGUAAUGUCAUUUUUGGUGUCCGUACAAUGGUUGAUAUAUGGUAUUAUAAUAGCCGAUACAUUUAUACAGCUACCCAACUUUUUAGGCUGUCUUUUAUCACUAAUGCAACUUUUCCUAUUUGUUUGCUAUCCUCCAAAAAGUUUUGCUGGUCAAGGCUAUAAACUUGUAGACCAAUCCGUGGUAUUUUAAACACAACAACAUGAAAUUUUUUAUACAAUUAUUAAGAAGAAAAAAAGAAUGGCUACAAAAGACUUUUUUAACACAAUUUUUAAUUGUUCUUUAACUUUGAAAUUGUAUAUACGUAUUAUUUUUUAUUUGUUUAAUUAUUUUCUUUCGCUUUUCUGCUCUUAUAAAGCGCCAGUAUAAUUUACUUAAUAUAAAAUAUAAUUUAGAGGCUUAGAACUUAAUUAAAAAUUAUAUUUAACAAAAAAUAAUAAUAAAAAACACUCACCUCUUUAAUUGUUCCAGAAAUAA